AUGCUACGGACAAGCAGCGAAGAAGCAACGGCCUACUCGACCGCAAAGGCUGUCGACGCAAACGCACAGCAUCGCUCGACGUAUUCCCACCGCCGCUUCCGCACGAAUGCCUUCCUAGUUCGCAGACCACUCCCUGAUCACACCCUGCACGUCCGUCACCCUCGCACCCUCGAAGUCCUCAUCAGUCUGUCUGCCUGGAAUCACGAAGAUGGAGCUCUACACUUUGGCCUGGUCCACAACGCUUGCGCCAUCAUCGCCGGCAACCGACAUGACGGCUAUCUAUCUCAAUCGACAAAUGUCUCAGCUCCGCGCGUUACCAUGAAACACGCCGAGUUGCUUCCUGCACAGCCCGAGGCCUACUUCUACCAUGUUCCAGGAGAGUCUGACUACUCCAUCGUCCAGACCUUCGACCUCUAG